AUGACCAUGGCUGAAGCCGAAGCUGAAACAACCACCGGCUCCAAAAACCCCAUCACCAUAGUCGGAAUCUCCGGCCCCUCAUCCAGCGGCAAGACAACCCUAGCCCGGCUCCUGCAGCGGAUAUUCGCGCAUGCCAACGAAAACAUGCAGACCUUUAUCAUGCACGAGGAUGACUUUUACCUCCCUGAUGAUCGAAUCCCAUACACGACAACCGCCUCCGGCAAAACAGUCCAAGACUGGGACACCGUCGAGGCCAUCGACGUGCCGUUCAUGGUUGCAGCACUGUCCUACAUCCGGCAGCAUGGCCGGCUUCCCCCGCGUUUGAAGAGCAAGGAGGAUCUCAACGAGGCGUCGGAUUCGGGCGUCAGCGACGAGACGAUUACCCAGCUGCAGCGCCAGGUUUCUGACAAGCUGCGGCAGUUUGGACCGGCUUUGGCGGGAGACGGGGGAGAGGGAAAGCGAACGGUUGUCUUCUUCGAGGGGUUUUUGUUGUUUAGCCCGCCCGAGGCGGAGGUCAGGGAGCAUGUGCUGCGGCCGGUGCACGAGCAGCUCGAUGUGCGUUUAUUUUUGCCGUCGCCGUAUGAAUCUGUCAAGGAACGCCGCGAGAGGAGGAGUGGCUAUGUGACUAUUGGACCGGCCCCUGUCCCGCCGCUGCCGCACCGGGAUUCGGCGGCUUCCAAGGAUGCAAAGCAGCAAGUUGACUUGGAGGCAGAGGAUAAUGCCCCGCCGCAGAACUUCUGGACGGAUCCGCCGGGCUACGUAGAUGAUAUUGUUUGGCCACGAUACGUACGAGAUCAUGCGUGGUUGCUGUUGCCAGAAAGCGGUCUUGACAAUGAUCGAUACCAGAGCACCAGGAAUUCGGAUACUGACGAGUUGAUCAGAAUUGUAGGGCAAGGUACUAACGUGAGGACUGAUGCCGGUGUGGCUGUCGCUCCUGGGAAGGGGACAUUGCCCAUGGUUGAUGUAUUAAAAUGGGCUAUACAGGAGGUGAUGAAGCCAUUGGAGAUGGCCGAGCAAUGA